GCUUCUGGUCUACCCCCUUGCGCUACAUGCGCUGGGUCUCGCACGAGAAGCCCGCCGUCUUCUACAGCUUCGUCGUCGGCUUCAUGGGCCCGGCCAUUGUCGUCGCCGCCCCGCCCUUCCGCCGCCUCAUUGGCGACGACCCGCGCCCGGAGAUCCCCAUGACCUACCCCAUCCCCAAGGGCCCCCGCGUUAUCCCCGAGGGUUAUGACGACUAAGCGACUCCCUCCUGCGCGCACGCCGCCCGGCUCUCUGGCCUCGGUGUAUAUAUGCGAGCGCGUGAAUUGGUGUGCGGUGGAGUGACUACCCGAGCUUGGACGGGAUCGUGUGAAUGAGCGGGCGGGAGAGGGGCCGGCAGACAACUCGGAAAACACGCUGGGCGGAUGCGCCUGCGUGGUCAGAAACACAAUACGAAAAGAAUUGGGGAGAGAUGAAUGCAUGGAAGGUGUGGAAGGAGGCGCGAUGCGAUGUACAUACGUGUAUGCGCAAUAGACGGGAGCUGGCCGGACGAAGACAAGAGCCCUGCGGCUGCAGCGGAAGGGCGCAGCAUAGGGUUCAAUCUCAUGGUUUUUCUUUUUUGCUUCGCUUUGCUCACCUUGCUCGCGGUUUGCUACUCGCGGUUUGUUACUUGCGUCUUUGUCCUGCUACCUGUUGGGAGACGAC